UCUGGGGAUGUUUGUGGAAAACAGCCUAGACUUUAUAAUCAUGGAAAGAAAGGCAUUGAGAACUUUAGAAUGCCUAGCAUCUUCCUCAAUCCAAAAAUGAUGGGAUCGUUACCAUUGAACAUGAUGUGAUGGAACAGGUAUUUGUUAUUCUGCAACAACUUAUUUACGAGGGCAAACAUAAAAUUGAACUCAGAUAAAUGGUCUUGAACAAUGCAAAUCCAUGGGUAUGUAUCAAAUACACACUAAUUUUUCAUAUUCUUACAAAGUGGUGGAUUAGGAUUUAUUUUUAUAUGAUAAUCAAUUAUUUUAAAGGGAUUCAAUGAGAAAAUAAAAAUGAUGAAGUUGAGUGUAAUUUCCAAUAAAAAGAAAGGCGGGAAAAUAAUGAAAGUUGAUAAAAAUAAAACCAAACAAGAAAACACGAGAGUUUCACCAAAAUAAUAAAUAAAUAAAAAAAGAAGAAAAAACUAGAGAGAGAGAGAGGGAUAAAAAAAGAAAAAGAAAUAGUGGAUGAUAUAUCAUAUUCAUCCUCAGUAAAAUUUAAAAUUUUUUUCCAAAAAAAGUAAAAUUUAAAAAUAAUAGAGCCGGGAAGGUCUGGCUUGCCCGCGAAGCUUUUCGAAACAAAAGCUCAACAUCCCGCGACUGUAAAUGACAAACCAGCUUUCUUCAGAAAUUCACGUGUCCAAAACACGUUCCCAAUGAGACUGUGAGAGUUGCUCAUCUUUCAAACUGUGGAUUGUAAAGGAAGCUUGGUUUUCGUCCUGAGCCUGAAGAGAUGGAGGGGCAGGUUCAAGACUCUCCCAACUUAACUGACAAUGAUGAUGUGAAGUAUGUUUCUGGGCUUAGUACAAUACUGGUUGCCACCAUUCAGGAAGCUAAAGACAGGAUUUCUCAAAUCGAAUAUAUUUUCUGCAGCCAGCUUUUCCCACAUUUCCAAUCAAAGUCUAAAAUCCUGCAGAAGAUCUAUUCUGAGGCCAAGAAAGCUUCACAAGCGGAAUGGAAAGAGAAGGAAAAUGAUCUCUUGCUCCUAAUAGAAAAACUUAAGCUUGAAAAGCAAAAAACUCUUGAAGAAAACCAGUCUUUGAAGCUUGAGAAGGCAAAGCCUAUGAAGGAGCAGGAAGAGAAGAUAGAUAAGUUACUUUCCCGGCUAAAAUCUCAACAACAUAAUAUUGAUGAGUUGCGAAUGAAGCUCCUUCAGAAGUCUAAGGAAUCAGAUGAAAUGAUGGAACUCCAAAAUAAAUUAAUUCACUUGGUUCAAUCAAAAGUCUCUGUGAUUGUGAACAAUGAAAAAGAACUAAAGGAUCAUGAAGAGAAGACCAUAAUGCUUCUUGCCAAAAUAAGCAACCUAGAAAAAAAAAUUGAUGGACUCCAAGAGGAGCUCAGAGAAAGGACUGAGGAGGUAGCCAAGGGAAAUGAAAUGAAAGCAAAUUUACUUAAAAAGAUUGAUGUACAAGCUUCUGCGAUCAUGAACAAUGAGCAGUUGUUGCAUGACCAAGACAAAGAGAAGAAGAUAAUGGUGGCCAAACUGGAACACUUGGAAGGAAAUUCAUGCAAGCUUCAAAAGGAGCUCUUGGCAAAGACUAAAGAAGUUGAGGAAGGAAAAACAUUGCAAAAACAGUUGAGCGAUCAUAUCGAUCUGAAUGACUCUGAAAUGUUGAAAUAUAAAGAGCAGUUGGAGAUGUGUGAGAAAGAGAAAAAGCUGCUUCUGAUCAAAGUAGAAGGCUUAGAGGAGAAAGUUAAUGGCCUACAGGUAGAACUCAGAGAAAGAACUGAUGAGGUAAUUAAAGGAAAGGUUUUGUACGGAAAUUUACUCAAACAUAAUAAAUCAAAAUCCUCAGAGUUAUGGACUGAGAAGAAGAAAUUAACAAAUGCCAUAGAUGCUUACAAAAGGCUUAAAUCUGAACACAUUUAUCUGCGCAGAAAGUUUGGGCUUACUAGUGAGAGUAUGCUCUCCCCUAACGAGUUAGAAGAUGAAACCGAUUCACUGAGGAAAAAUCAGAAUCAGAAUCAAAUAAUUUCACCUGAUCUUGAAGAUAUCAAUCAAGAUAUUUCUAUAGCUGCUAGUGAGCCCAACAAAGUGCAGAAUGACAAUAAUUUGGUGGAUGACAAAGUAGGAAAACUAGAUCAAGCCUCAAGCUCCCUCUCUCCUAGUAGUACUUUACCUGUUGCUCCAAAAUGUCCUUCCACUUCAAAAUCUGCCCCAGUAGCUGGUAAAAAGAGGCCUGCAUCUUGCUGGAGAGAUACUCGGUCCCAUAAAGGCCUAGUUGGGCCAGACCCACAUGAUGAUUUUCUUGAUACUCCCUACGAACAUGUAAGAGGAAACUUGAAUAAAGAGAGGAAGGAAGAAGUUUGUGAUCUUCCAAUACCAGUUCUAAAUGAAACAAAGCUCGAUAACUCAGAUGAGGAAACACAGGAUGUGAAUGCUGAUCUCAAGACAGAAAAGUGUAAAAUGCCAGUUCAAAUGGGUGAGAAAAUAGGUUUCAAGUAUGUAGAACCUGUAAGGAAGAAAGCUGAGCGCGAAAGUUUGAAAGGAGUUGAAUGCAAGCAGUGUAAGAAGUUCUAUGAUGCUGUUCUUUGCAAUGAUGAGGAUAAAAACAAUCACAACAUCCGCUGUGAACAUCAUGAAGGUGUUUCUAGGCAUCGGUAUAGGUAUGUUCCUCCUAUGACUCCUGAAGGUUUUUGGAAUAUUGGAUUUGAAUCUGAAAUGUAGUAUUGUUUAAAACUCUACAUUGCUGUCAUUCGAUCGUUAAGUUCAAUUUAUUUUUUUUUUUCUUUCAACUUUUUAGUCUCAAGUAAACAAAAAUCCAAAAAUAUUACGAGAAAGGUGGCACAAGCCAUGCCACCGAGGAAUAAUUCCCGUCCUAGAGAAAUGACUCCUUAUCCCCAGUCAUCUAGCCACUGUAUCAUUUCUCAAGUCUGAAAUAAUAUUUUUCAUUGUUUU